AUGUUCGCAUUCUUUGGAGGGGCACUGCUGAAAAGUUUAUUUGUCCAGACAAUUUUGAAUCAAUACAAGCGCUCGCAUCCUCCAACCGAUGCGGAAGUCACAAUCGUCGUCACAGACGUCCAAGCUUCGACGCAGCUUUGGCAAAAAGCUUCGGUUCACAUGAAUCGGGCUCUUGCAAUACACGACAAAAUAAUGCGGGCGGCGAUUCAUCAAACAUUUGGUUAUGAGGUUUUGACGGAAGGAGACAGUUUUGUCAUCGCGUUCCACUCUGCAGGAGAUGCGCUCAAGUUCGCGAUGCUGGUUCAAGAGCGCAUGCAAAACUACGCCUGGGACUCACCGCUCAUUAGAGUGUGUAAUGAAGUCUACGACGCGUACGACGCAGAAAUCUUCGAGCAAGCUACACAAGGUCGCAACUUUAAGGCAAAGGAACUUUUACUCAACGCCGUUUCGAGUCGUAGAAUUCACGGUCUUCGCGUACGUAUCGGCAUGCAUACCGGAUUCUGUCAGAGCAGAACGCAUCCCACGACGCGACGACGAGAAUACUACAAGGGGGCCGUGACGAUUGCCAGCGCCGUCUCCGAUUGUGCCACUGGUGGUCAGACUGUGAUUUCAGGGGAAACAAUGGCGGCGAUACUAGGUGAG